AUGAGCGACAACACCAGGGCCAAGGUCCAUGGAAAAGGCAGGGCCGACACCCCCGGGGUCGACGGCUGGAUUACGCUGUUGUCCAAGUAUGGCGACUUAACCCUCGGCCCGGUCGAAGACCAGCGCAAGGAGGUCGCCAUCGAAUUCGCGCCCAAGUAUCUCAAGAUCAAGGGCAUGCUGCAGGCCUCCGUGCGGGGCGACCUGCCCGGCAUGAAAAAGAUCUUGGAGGGCGGCUUCAUGGCCAGGCACAGGCCUGACGUGAACUGCACGGACGCGCGGGGCAAGUCCGCGCUGAUGUUCGCA